CUUUUAUUAUGGAUUGUUUUUGUGGUUAUAGUUUUAUGUGAUCUCUAAGUUCAUUUACUAUCGCUAAAUAUAGCUCCAGAAAGAGACAAAAAAUAUUCCACACUGUCAUCGUGUUGCGUUCGAUCGCACAAUUUUAGUAUGAAACGUAGAUCGACGGCAGAUAUGAGUGCUAAUAACGAGUAUCAAGAGGCUGCCAAAAGAGUGGCAUUGGUCGAACGUAAUACACAGCCCAAUGGUUAUAAGCUAUUAAACGCUUAUAACGUUGGUCGACACGAUGAAAACGAUAUAAUUAGCCUGGCCAGUCAAAUACAGACAGCUGAUGUUAGCAUACGCAAUGCGGCGACUGGCAAAUUGACAAUGAUUUUGGAUCAAAUAAAAUUCCUGCAAGCUCAGGCACAGAAGAUUUUAGAGGAAUCGGAAAGUAGUAUGAAUUUGCACAAGGCUGCUUGCAAUUUUCGUAAAGUUCCUGGCAAUAUUUAUCACUUGUACGAACGAGAAUCUGGGCAACAUUACCUGAGCAUGCUAUCGCCGGAGGAAUGGGGUCCAUCACUGACACACAAGUAUGAAGGAAGCUAUAGACUCGAAAUGGAUCAGUCAUGGACACCGAUAGAGAAGAUCCGUGAAAUAUCGAUGAAAAAUGCUUGGGCUCACCGAAUCUUAGAUUCGACCACAAUCAAUUCCAGUUCGUUUUUAGCGAUUGAUCAGAUGAACGACAAAAGUGGAUGAGAGUGAGCCGUGGUUAAUUUGUUAAGAUCUCUGUCGGAUCGGGACCAAUAUUGUUUAUGAUUCGGGUCAACAUGCAUGAAUUUCUUGAAUACACUGAAGGUUGAAUGUU